AUGUCGGCGAAGGUUGCGUCGGGAGUGCUGGCUAUUGGUAAGGCAAAGCGUAGAUUCUUCUCUUUCCCACAUAUCACCAAGAAAGACCUGCUUAUUUAUGGCACCUAUAUCCGUCCCGUUCCAGAAUAUGGUAUUCAAGUUGUUCAAUCUGGCCUGAUCCGUGAUCGUGCUACUCUUGAAGGAGUUCAAAGAGCGGCAACAAAGGCGGUGAUUGGAAUGAAACAUCUUCCUUUUCCUAAACGUCUAGUGGCGCCUGAUUUGCAUCCUCUUAACCUGGGUAUUACUCCGGAUUGUUGUGUAUCGCCUUUUACUUCCAGACUCGGUUGGCUUGGGCCGGUCAAAGACUUGGGGUCUACACCCACAAAGGACAAUUUGGCUCCGACAAUGGUUGUUUGGCACGGCUAUCUCCAUCGUUUUGGCUACAUGCGUCCGGACCAGGUUGAGAAUCACAUCCCCUGUCUCACUCCAAAGGUGUUUUAA